CUGCUGAUUUUGCCGGCUGAGAGUGGUUGAUGGCGGGUUGGAGUGGCAGAUAGAUUCACCAAAUUUGUUCCUUAAUUUCUCCUCGUUUAUCGUUUAAAACUAAUUGAAACUACAAGAUAAAAUAACUAAUCUAGUUUGAGAAAUAAGUCGACAUCCCAGAUUCACUAUUUCCGGCAGUUGACGACCAGAUCACAAGCAGUUCAAAUCUGAAUCACCCAAAAUUCUGGUCUGACUCUAUUUUCAAGCAGACAGUCAAGUGUCAAUUCUAAAAAUGGUGGGGAUUCUUUGUCGAGAGGCUCAGGUUUCCUCCCUGGUCGCAGCGAUGGAGGGAAAUCUUCCCCAGGCCUUGUUGAUCUGGGGUCCCCCCUCCACCGGAAAAUCACUCGUCUUCAGCACAGCUUUGAGCCAGUGCGGCAUUACACGAGUUGCGAAAAUCAGUGCGAUCGAAAUUAUGUGUGGAAAGCGGCCCUUUUUCGAAACCUUGCUCAAGCAGGUCUGGCGUGAUGGAGAAGUUAAAUGCGAAAAUUUGCCUGUCUUUGUUCGACAACUUCGAACCAUGUGUGAUCACCGCGACGCAAAACAUCUAGACAAAACUGUCAUAAUUAUUGAUGAGGCCGAGUACUUAAGAGAUAAUCAUUCAGAAAUCUUGGAAGUGCUUGCCAGAUUACAAGAACUGAUUCAGAGCAAUUUGUGUGUUGUAGUUUUCUCAAGUAUUGUUCCGUCAUUGGGAUUCAGUGGAAUUUGCAGUAUGAGGAGCAUCCCUACCAUACAUUUUCCGCAAUAUUCUGAAGAAGAGAUUGUCGACAUUAUAACGACAUACUACAAACCCAAGAAUGCGGAUUCACAGCUUUUCACCCAAUAUGUUAAUAUGGUUAUAAAUGUAUUUUAUCAAGGUUGUCGUGAUCUAAGGAAACUAUUACGACUGACACUCUCCAAUUGGGAAUCUGUACAAAAACAGCACACCAUUCAACGGCAAAGUCUUCAUAACGUGUGGAAAAAUGUUGUUCCUCAGUUGAAAGAAGAUUUCAAAGCUCUCAACUCUCAAUUUUUGCCCAUGACGGAUAACAACAAAAGGGACAAGAGUUUCAGUACAGCAACAACAAGCUUGGCAUCGCCGGCUAUGACUGUAUCACAGAGCACCAAUUUACCAUCAACAGUUAGUAAGGCUUUGGCUGCCACUGCUAAUACUACUACAACAACUACUGUUCCAAGUACAAAAGAAAGGACAUACGAUGAUAUUCCUACAUUUUCGCGAUAUAUUUUGAUUGGCUCAUAUCUGGCCACGCACAACCCUCCAUCAUCAGAUAAGCGCUUCUUUGUGAAAGGAUCGACGCGCAAAACUGGCAAAAAGAUGAAGCUUAACGUGGGGGCACAUCUUCAAGAAAACGUGUCUGAAAGAACGAGAGCUUUACGAAGUUUUGAUCAAAACCGUCUCAAGUCAAUCUUUGCAUUUUUGGUAUCCUACUGCUCUGGGGGAACCGAAGCGUACGAGGGCAACGUAGACUGGCUAAUGCAAAUCUCAUCUCUUUGCCAAUCUCAAUUCCUUCAAUCUCUAGGAGAAGACACUUCGGGAAAUAUCAAGUACCGUUGCUUAGCUGACUACGAUUUCAUUCUUAAAAUUGCAAAGAGUGUAGAUUUUGAGCUAAACAAUUACCUUUAUCGACUACUUUGAAAAUGGGUUUACAAUAAUGACCACAAGAAACAAUAAUAAACCUGCACUGAUUAACUUUCCCUCAGAAUAAGUAUGUACAAUAUAUUAAAUACUUUCUUAAACCAUGUAAUUUUAUGACAAUUUUAUUGUAAGAAAGUUUAAAAUACAGCCACGCACAUAAA